AUGUCUAAGAAAAACGGUUUGGAGGCAUCGUUGACGGCCAGCAGGUCGCCUGCAACGGAAUCUACACCCCUCGUUCCUAAAGUGGGAAUCGAAGAAGGUGGUAAUGGCGGUGAACCUAGCAAGAAUGGCGUCAGUGGAGGUCUAUCGAUGAAUCAAACAGCUUUUCUAAUCGCUGGUGAGCUGGUUGGCAGUGGUGUCCUAGCUCUUCCUAAGGCUGUCGUCAAAACUGGAUGGGUUGGCAUCCCAUUGAUAGUGUUGAUGUGUCUCCUGGCUGCAUUCAGCGGCAGGAGGCUGGGAGACUGCUGGACCAUCCUCGAGAGCCGGGAUCCUGAAAUGAGGACCAGGAAGAGGAACCCUUACGCCAUCAUAGCUGAACAAUCCCUCGGAAAAUUCUGGAGUGUGGGUGUAUCUCUCGCCAUGAUAGUCACACAGUUUGGCGUGGCGGUAGUCUAUCUACUGCUCGCUGCUCAGAUUAUUGAGCAAGUGUUCCUCUCCCUCGCGCCAACUGUGACCAUAUGCAUCUGGUACCUGGUAGUGGUGGGGGCAAUGACCCCACUCACUCUUUUCGGCACGCCCAAAGAUUUUUCUUUCUUGGGAGUGAUUGCUUUCUUCGCGGCGGUCGUGGCAUGUAUUCUCUACUUCAUACAAAUGAUGAACGACAUCCGACCUUACCCCGUUUUCCGUUGGGGAAUCCACGGUUUUACGGACUUCUUCCUCGCAUUCGGCACCAUCAUGUUCGCUUUUGGCGGAGCAUCUACAUUCCCAACUCUUCAGAACGACAUGGCUGAUAAAACCAAGUUCAAUAAGAGCCUGCAGUACGGAUUCAUUGCAAUCUUGGCCAUUUAUUUGCCCAUCGCGAUCGCUGGCUAUGCGAUCUACGGUGAGUCUGUGGGGAACAACUUCGCUACUUCCUUGUCUGCGACGCCCCUGUCUCUGGUAGGAAAUGUGUUAAUGGCCAUUCACCUGGUCUGCGCCUUCGUGAUCCUCAUCAACCCUGUCUGCCAGGAGAUGGAAGAACUCUACAACAUCAACAGUGAUGCCAUCGGUUACCGUACACUCGUACGUUUCUCCAUCAUGGCUGGUAUACUGUUCAUUGGAGAGAGCAUCCCUCGUUUCUAUACAAUCCUGGCGUUUGUUGGAGCUACCACCAUCGCUCUCCUCACCUACGUGCUGCCUUCCUACUGCUACCUCAACCUUGUCAACCAGCCACCAAGGGAAGGACAGGCGCCUCUUGAGGUAGCGGGAUGGGUUAAGCUGGUCUGCUGGGAAGUAUUGGUCAUUGGUAUCUUGGGAGGCGCAGCGGCUACCUACAGUGCUCUCAGCGCCAUCUUUGGCACAGCUCAAGCCGUUCCGUGCUACCUCAAGUAG